GCACCCGACAGCUAUUUAGUUUGGACCCUGAGAGCCGGGGAGAUUCGGGUCCUGGGGAAUCCUGGACUUCGAGGAUGCAAAAAACCACGAGAUGGUGGUAAGAGCCACGGAUGGCGGUGGUCUGUCUGCGCACUGCAGAGUGCACGUGGAGGUGCUGGACGUGAACGACAACGCGCCGGAGAUCGCGCUGAGCUCCGUGAGCGCCUCCAUCCCCGAGGACGCCCCGCCCCGCACCGUGGUGGCCCUGCUGAGCGUGCGGGACCGCGACUCCGGCGACAACGGGCGGACGGAGUGCGCCAUCGAGGGCGACGUGCCGUUCAGCCUGACGGCCGCUUUCGCCAACCACUACGAGCUGCGCACCAGCGCGGCCCUGGACAGGGAGACGACGGCCGAGUACAACGUGAGCAUCGUGGCCACGGACUGGGGCCGGGCGCGGCUGAGCGCUCGCGAAAGCGUGUCGGUGCGCAUCGCCGACGUGAACGACAACGCGCCGCGCUUCACGCAGGCGGCGUACAGCAUGUCGGUGAGCGAGAACGAGGCGGGCGCGGUGCGGAUCGGCAGCGUGAAGGCGACGGACGCGGACGCGGGCGCGAACGGGCGCGUGAGGUACGCGCUGGUGCGGGAGGAGGGCGAGGAGCGGCCCGCCGUGUCGGUGGACGCCGAGAGCGGGGCCGUGUCCGUCGUGCGGCCGCUGGACUACGAGGAGGUGCGCGCCGUGGAGGUGACGGUGCGCGCCGCCGACGGGGGCUCGCCGCCGCGGAGCGCCACGGCGCUGCUGCGGGUGCUGGUGCGGGACGAGAACGACAACGCGCCCGUGGUGCUGCACCCGCCGGCCGACGGCGGCGCGGCGCUGGGCGAGCUGGUGCCGCGGCGGGCGCGGGCGGGCUACCUGGUGGCCAAGGUGGUGGCGGUGGACGCGGACGCGGGGCAGAACGCGUGGCUGUGCUACGAGCUGGCCAAGGCGACGGAGCCGGGGCUGUUCCGCGUGGGGCUGCACAGCGGCGAGGUGCGCACGGCGCGGGCCGUGGGCGAGCGCGACGCGGCCCGGCACAGGCUGGUGGUGCUGGUGCGGGACCGCGGGCGGCCGCCGCGCUCCGCCAGCGCCACCCUCGCCGUCGCCCUGGCCGACGGCUUCUCGGAAGGCCACCUGCGGGCGAGCGAAGAGGCGCCGGCCGCCGAGCCCGACGGCCGCCUCACCCUCUACCUCAGCGUCUGCUUGGCCUGCGUGUCCGCGCUCUUCGUGGCCGGCGCGGCGGCCGCCGUGGCCGCCAAGGUGCGGCGGGCCCGGCGGGGCGAGCCGGGGACCUUGCCCACCUUCCCGCAGUCCGCCGCCGACAGCAGCGCCGGCUCCCUGCCCCGCAGCUACGUCUACGACGUCCGCCUCGCCGCCGGCACCGUCAACAGCGAGUUCCGCUUCCUCGGGCCGCUCUUGCCCUGCUUCCCCGCCGGGCUGCCGCAGGGCGCGGCCGAGCAGCGGAGCUCGCUCUGCUCGGCCGGCCUCGGGCAAGAAGAAGGCGACUGGGCUGUGCAGGGCCGAGCUCCCCUCUCUGAAGGCACGGCUCCCGGGGCAGCAGAGGAGAAUGCCAGUUUGGAUCAAAGCCCCUGGCUCAGCCAUCAGUAAGGGAGGAGGAGGAGCAGCAUCUCGGUCCUCGUGGGCUGAUAUCUUCGAAGUGAAUGAAGGAGAGACCAAACACGCACCAAAAAUGUACCAGGGAAAUGCAGUACUGCUCUGUGAGUGAGCAAGGACACUUCUCUGAACCAGUACUUUACAUAUUUAUUCUGAUUUUUUAUUGAUAACUUUGGCGGAUGUUGCAUGCUGGGAACACUGAGCUUUGAUAUCUAAUUGUUGUAGUGCUAUUGCUCCUAAGUGUUAAGUGUAAACAGGGAAAAAAUAUUCUUAUUAUAUUCACGCUAUCGUUUUCUUACAUGUGCUUUUUCUUACAUGCAUUCAUUUUUGUUGUCAAGUGGAAUCUCUACUCAUGUAAUCUAUUCCAUGCCAGGCUGUGCAGCAGUUCAUCUAACCUGAAUGUUUCCAGCAAAGGCAUUCUUGAGUAACACUGAGAAGUUGGCUGCCUUUGAGAUGGCUGACAUUCACACAUUGCACAACCAACCAGGAGUUCAGCAGUUCCCCACACUGUAAAGAGUCCUCUUUGAGCACUGUAUUUGCAUUGGGUUUGGUUUGGCUUGUUUCCCAACCUGAAGUCUAAAUGAAUGGUUCUUGAGCAUUUCAGGAUUAUAGAAUAUAGAUAUGAAGAGAUAAUAAAAUCUUCAAAGCCAUGUGCUAUUUCCCAUUGCUCACAUAUUUCCUGGAGUUGAAUGCCUGGUCACAGAAACCAAUAAAAUCUGCUGAGAAAUCUGUCGGAA